AAUCUUCGUAACUUGUCUGCCACACCCUUUUGUCGUUUUCACUUCCAUUUCAUUCUGCUGCAAUUUCUUGUCAUCUUCCACAUCCUUCCUUCAUUUAGCAAGGGUAUUAGCUUAUAAUUAGGUCCAUCUUGCUUAAAUUUUGGAACGCUGUAAGUUGACUGACAUACAGCUGUUCUGCUUGAGGCUUGAAUGAUGGAUGAUGUUGUUAAAGAUGAUAUACCAAUGUUACCAACUACACAUUGGCCAUCCGAGUAUAAUCCAAAUCGGAAACUUUCAAACAGGAGUAGAAGUUUUUCGAUAUCCAUUCCAGCAACGGCCUCCACUGAAGGAACUUCUCGUUCAAAAAAUAUUGUUGACUUUACAGAAGCGCGUGUGGAACAAGAAAACAUUAAACUUCAUAAAACUCGAUGGGGAGACACUGAAGCAAAAAACGAGCACUUAUUGAAGUCUGGACGAUUGGGAAUGUGUAAUGAUCCUUACUGUACCACAUGCCCAUCUUCUUACUAUUACAAAGGACGCCUCGUCCCAAGAGUUCCCCAUCAUCAUCUUCAUGCAUAUGGAGGUGCAAAUAAGUGGGUACGAGAAAAGUUAUCGUUACUAAUGCAGUUUACAUUGGGAGUCAUGAAUCUGCAUGCCAAGUUUGUUCAGAAGUGGAAUCAAUUCGUCACCAUUUCUUGUUUAUUUGCCAUCUUCAUAGACCCUGUAUUCUUUUACUUGCUGUCAGUGGAGAAGGAACAGAAGUGCAUCAUUAUGAAUAGGCCAAUGACAAAAACCAUUGUGAUUUUCAGAAGUAUGACGGACUUUAUUUACUUGAUGCACAUGCUUGUUCAGUUCAGGUUAGCAUUCAUUUCUCCUGAAUCAAGAGUCGUCGGUACUGGAGACUUGGUUGAUGAUCCUUGGAAAAUCGCAUUACAUUAUCUUUCGGGAUAUUUUUUCCUCGACUUAUUUAUCGUUUUACCACUUCCUCAGAUCAUUGUAUUAUUAAUCCUACCAAGUUCCAUUGCAACAUCUGGAGCUACUUACGCGCAGAAUCUUUUGCGGUCAGCUGUUCUUGUUCAGUACAUUCCGAGAUUAUAUCGAUAUCUGCCUCUUCUCGCAGGCCAGUCUCGAACCACUUUCAUAUUCGAGUCGGCAUGGGCAAACUUUGUCAUCAAUCUUUUGACUUUUGUCUUGGCUGGUCAUGUUGUGGGAUCAUGCUGGUAUCUCUUUGGGUUACAGAGAGUGAAUCAGUGCCUACGAGACGCUUGUCAUAAAUCUGGAUUUGGAUUUGUGAACUGCAAGAAGUUUAUAGAUUGUGGGUAUGGAAAUGAUUUUGGGAGCUUUAAAGCGGACCCAACAUGGAACAACUGGAAAGAACAUGUAAACGCGAGUGCCUGUUUUCAUGAAGAUGAUUUCCCAUAUGGAAUUUACGUGAAGGCUGUCAAUCUCACUGCAGAGAAUAGUAUCAUCAGAAGAUACAUCUACUCCUUCUUUUGGGGAUUUCAGCAAAUCAGCACGCUAGCUGGCAAUCAAAGUCCAAGUUAUUUUGUUUCUGAAGUUGUUUUUACCAUGGGUAUUACUGGGCUUGGACUCCUACUUUUUGCCCUUCUAAUUGGAAACAUGCAAAACUUUCUUCAAGGUCUAGGACGCAGACGACUGGAAAAGUCACUUAGACGACGUGAUGUUGAGCACUGGAUGAGCCACCGACUUUUGCCAGAAGAACUAAAAAGAAAAGUUCGAGAGUCUGAGCGUUAUAAUUGGGCUGCUACACAAGGGGUUGAUGAAGAAAAGCUAAUGGAGAACUUGCCUGAAGACCUGCAAAGAGAUAUACGCCGCCACCUCUAUAAGUUUGUCAAGAAAGUCCGGAUUUUUUCGCUUAUGGAAGAACCAAUUUUAGACGCAAUAUGUGAAAGAAUAAGGCCAACGACAUAUAUAGAAGGAGGAACACCACUGAAUAAAGGAGGCCAUGUGACAAAAAUGGUUUUUAUUGUAAGAGGGAAAAUGGAGAGCAUAGGAGAAGAUGGGUAUAGAGUUCCAUUAUCUGAGGGUGAUGUAUGUGGUGAAGAACUUCUCACAUGGCUUGAUCAUUCCACUUUUCAUGGAGAGACAAGAGAGCAGAGAAAAGCAGGCCAAGUGGCCAGCAAAAGAACAGUGACAUGCUUAACAAAUGUGGAGGCAUUUGUUCUUAAGGCUGCAGAUCUUGAAGAAGUCACCAACCUUUUUGCUAUAUUCUUGAGUAAUCCUCGCGUUCAAAUGGCCAUAAAGAAUGAAUCUCCAUAUUGGCGAGGCAGGGCGGCAAGCACCAUUCAGGUGGCAUGGAGAUACUGGAAGAAGCGACGAAGUGGUGCAGGCACACCACAUAGUGGUUCUACUCAUCCCUCCAAUAAGUUAAGGUAUUAUUAGUUUGAAUGGAAUUUGAAGUUGUAAUUUCAAUGUAUAAUGAGCAAACAACUGAAAGUUAUAUAUUUACACUAUGGCUUAAAUAUCUUUCAUGGUUAGGGUGAUAUGUGUAAUAAUGAGCAAACAAAUGAAAGUUAUAUAUUUACUAGGUUGUGUUAUGUAA